CAAGAGAAGAAAAAGCGAGGGAAAAAGAGCACGGGCACCGCACGCACCAAUCAUCUCCCGCUCCCUCUUAUCCCCUCUCUCCCGCCACCACCACCACCUCCUCCUCUUCUUCUUGCUGUUGUUGUUGUUGCAAGAUCUUGAGCUCGCCACGCGACGCGACGCGCCCGCACGAUCGUUUCUUUGCCUAGCGCUAGCGGUGAUGGCCGCCGCCGCCGCCGCCCUGCAGCUGCAGGCCCCGUCGUCGCCGCGGCCGCUGGUGCGCGCGCAGCUCCGGUCGUCCUUCAGCGCGCCGGCGCUGCCGCUGCCGGCGCCAGCGCGACGGCGCGGCGCCAGGGCCGCCGCGGCGACGGCGGCGAGGAUCACGAUGCGGUUCGGCGUCGCGUCCAAGCAGGCCUACAUCUGCCGCGACUGCGGGUACAUUUACAGCGACAGGACGCCCUUCGACAAGCUGCCUGACAAGUACUUCUGCCCCGUUUGUGGAGCCCCAAAGAGAAGGUUCAAGCCCUACGAGCCAAAGGUGUCCAAGAACGCGAACGCCACGGAUGCCCGCAAAGCUAGGAAGGAGCAGCUGAAGAAGGAUGAAGCUGUUGGGCAAGCGUUGCCUAUUGGUAUCGCCGUCGGGAUACUCGCAUUGCUUGGCAUCUUCUUCUACUUGAACAGUGUCUACUAGAUGCAAAAAUAUAAGAGAUGAUCCACUGGAGUGGAGGAAAGCAUCAAGAGUCUUUUCAAUUUUGUCUUUUCAAACGCGCUGUUAUAUACUGCUAGGACCUCCAUGGCAAAGUUUGUGUAUUGCAGGAAACCAACACUUUUGGGGUGAAGAUAUCCAUCCCAUGUUAUUGACAAAAAAAAAUGGACUUCUCGGAAA